UCUCACUCCCCAACAGUUCCCCAAAACCAACUAAUUAAAUAAAAAAAACAAAAAAAAAAAAAAAAAAAAAAAAACUGGUCUGCUUCUAUCUUUUGCUGUACAUCAAAAAUAACAUAAACUUUCAGUGUUAGCUUGUUUUCACAUGGCAAACAGAAGCAGAACCACAAAAAUGUUCCCUACUACAUUUGCACUAUUUGCAACUCUUCUCUUUCUCUCUCCUUCAUUCUCCAAUGCUCAAUACAAACCUCCACUCUUCGUCUUCGGCGAUUCACUUUACGACGAUGGUAUGACUUUGUACAACGGCGUUAAAGGCGCUGGUGCCGAGUAUUGGCCUUAUGGUGAAACUUACUUUAAAAAGCCGUCUGGUAGAUACUCUGACGGCCGCCUUAUCCCUGAUUUUAUAGCUCAAUUUGCGGGGUUGCCGUUUUUGCAACCGUAUUUGUUACCUGGGAUUAAGGAUUUUAGUAAGGGGAUCAAUUUUGCUUCUGCUGGUGCUUGUGUUCUUGUUGAAACUCGUCCUCAAACGAUAAAUCUGAAGAGACAAGUGGAUUAUUAUGUCCAAAUGGUACAAAAAUUGAAGCAGCAAGUUGGAGAAGGUCCGGCUAAUCAAUUAUUAUCGGAAGCAGUAUACUUGUUUAACAUAGCUGGAAAUGACUAUGUUACCCUUCUUCAGAAGAAUGUGAAAAAGCUCCCUCUCUCCAAUUUCAAAAAGAAACGCCAAUUGAAUAUGAUUAUUGGCAACCUCACGAUCCAUAUUAAAACAAUUUAUAACCAAGGAGGAAGGAAGUUUGCAUUCCAAAACCUAGGUCCUCUGGGGUGCAUGCCAUCAAUGAAGUACAUGCUUGGAUAUAAAGGAACUUGCGCGCCGGAGCCACAAGAGCUAGCCAAGAUGCACAACAAUGCAUUUGGUGCACUACUCAAGAGAUUGCAAAGCCAAUUACCAGGGUUCAAGUACUCAGUUUACGAUUUCUACACAGCCCUAUACCUUCGUGUCUUAUAUGGAAGUAGAUAUGGUUUCAGGGAAAGCCAAACAGCAUGUUGUGGAAGUGGAUCCUACAACGGUGAUUUCACAUGCCAAAAGAAAAGCACUAGUUUCUCUGUUUGUAGUAAUCCAAAUGAUUAUUUGUGGUUCGAUGCAGCUCAUCCAACGGACAAGGCUAACCAAGUAUUCUCCAAAGAAUUCUGGAGCGGAGGAUCUAACCUUGUUGCUCCUUACAAUUUGCAAAAUUUGUUUGCUGCCAAAUAAUAAGGAUUUUGGGAAUAUGUAUACUCUCACACUCAAGUGUGAUCAAAAGUUAAAAGGAGUGUUUGGGUUUAUUUAUUUCAUUAAUUAUUAUCAUUAUUAUUACUACGUAUUUGUGGUAAGGUACAUCUUGUAUGUUAAGCAUAAAUACCAAUAGUUUGUAGUUUUUACUUUUUUUAUUUUCACUUUGGAAAAUAUAUUGGGAGGAAAGGUUGAUAUUUA